AUGGCGCUCGCAGGAGUAGAAGAUAUUCCCAAGGAUUUGAGCCGUGAUUGGACUCAUGCUCCCCCCAAGGGCAAUCUGUACUAUGGACAUAAUCAUCACAUGUAUGGUGGCCCGAAGGCGCACGUUCUCCAUUUCCCCGUCGCGAAGCAAAAACUGCUCAAUAUCGUUGCGUUUGUCAAUGAUCCUACAGACUGGCCGCUCGGACAGCCAAUGUCGGAGCCUGCGACAAAGGACGAAGUUGCGGUCGUGUUUUCAGACUGGGGCCCUACAGUGAGGUCGAUCAUCGACCUUUUGACGUCGGAAUUGGACAUAUGA